AUGAGCGCCGACGCGAACGCGAACGUGGACGAACACAUCGAUCCCGAGGACGAGAUCGCGUUCGAAGACGCGGGAGACGAUGACCGGGACACGGCGAACGGGACGCCGACGAGCGACUACGACUCCGACGCGGAUUACGCCGCGGAUGAGGAUCAUCCGAUGUCGCCCGGGGUGAAGGAAGUGGCCAAGGCGGAGCGAGAGCGCUUACGAGCGCUCAAGCGAGAGCAGCAGGCGGAGCUCGAGCGGGUUCGUGAGGAUCAGAACAAGGCGAUCGCACAGGAUAGCAAGGCUGGGAAGUGGAAGUACCUGCUGGCGCAGACCGAGGUGUUCGCACAUUUCUUGUCGGGGACUAAGGCGGCGAAGGAAGCGGCGAACAAGGGGAAGCGUGGUAAAAACAAGAGCCACGCUGCGGAGGAGUCGGAGGACGCUGAGCUUGUUGAACACGCAGAGGAUUACCAAGCGGUUCGUUUGACGGUGCAGCCGAGCUGCAUCAAGUUUGGUAAGAUGCGAGAGUACCAGCUCGCCGGUCUCAACUGGAUGAUUCGUCUGUUCGACCACGGGAUCAACGGCAUCUUGGCUGACGAAAUGGGUCUCGGUAAGACGCUGCAAACGAUUUCUCUUCUCGGUUACCUGCACGAGUAUCGUGGCAUCACCGGACCUCAUAUGGUCGUUGUCCCUAAAUCCACGCUUGGCAACUGGAUGAACGAGUUCAAGCGCUGGUGCCCGGUGAUUCGUACUUUCAAGUUUCACGGGAACGCCGAGGAGCGCGAGGCGCUCAAGGCCAAGUACUUGGUUCCAGGUGGUUUCGACGUGUGCGUGACUUCUUAUGAGAUGGUCAUCAAGGAAAAGAACGCCCUUAAAAGGUUCCACUGGAGAUACAUCAUCAUCGACGAGGCUCACCGCCUGAAGAACGAAAACUCGCGCCUCUCCCUCGUCCUCCGAACCAUGAGCGCGAACAACCGAAUGCUCAUCACGGGUACGCCGCUUCAGAACAACCUCCAUGAGCUGUGGGCUCUGCUCAACUUCUUGCUUCCAGAGGUGUUCGGUAACGCCGGGCAGUUCGAAGAGUGGUUUGGUAACGUUGAGGAUGGCGAGGAAGGUGGAUCUGACGCCGUUGUACAGCAACUUCAUAAGGUUCUGCGACCCUUCUUGCUGCGACGACUCAAGACCGAGGUUGAGACCAGUCUGCCGCCAAAAAAGGAAACGAUUCUCAAGAUUGGGAUGACUGAGAUGCAAAAGACGUUCUACAAGCGCAUUUUACAGAAGGACAUCGAUAUCGUAAACAGUGGCGCCGACAGAUCUCGCCUCCUGAAUAUCGUCAUGCAGCUCAGAAAGUGCUGCAACCACCCGUACUUGUUCCAAGGCGCCGAGCCCGGCCCGCCGUACAUCACGGGUGAUCACCUAAUCGAGAGCUCUGGUAAGCUCGCGCUUUUGGACAAGCUUCUUCCUCGUCUAAUGGAACGUGGCAGCCGAGUUUUGAUUUUCUCUCAGAUGACUCGUUUGCUUGACAUUUUGGAAGACUACAUGAUGUACCGCAGAUAUCAAUACUGCCGCAUUGAUGGGAGCACCGACGGCGAGACUCGGGAAAAUCACAUCGACGCCUUCAACAAGGAAGGUUCUGAGAAGUUUGCGUUCUUGCUUUCGACGCGUGCCGGGGGCUUGGGUAUCAACCUUGCGACCGCCGAUACCGUCAUCAUCUACGAUAGCGACUGGAACCCGCAAAUGGAUCUUCAAGCGAUGGAUCGUGCGCACCGCAUCGGUCAGAAGAAGGAGGUACAAGUGUUCCGCUUCUGUACCGAUGGUUCCGUUGAGGAGAAGGUGAUCGAGAAGGCGUACAAGAAGCUCGCACUCGAUGCUCUCGUCAUUCAGCAAGGUCGACUGCAAGAAAACAAGAAGAAUCUCGGUAAGGAUGAACUCCUGUCCAUGGUUCGAUUCGGCGCUGAAAAGAUUUUUGACUCGUCCAGUACCGCCGUCACUGAAGAAGACAUCGACGCCAUCAUGGCUCGUGGUGAGGAAGAGACGAAGGCUCUUAACAGCAAGAUGCAAGGUUUCACGGAGAAGGCAAUCCAGUUCUCUAUGGGUGCUGAGAACUCGCUGUACGAGUUUGCAGACGAAGAAGACAAGCCAGCUGCGCUGCCAGAGGGCAUCGACAUGAAGACAAUCAUUAGUAGCAACUGGAUCGAUCCGCCGAAGCGCGAACGCAAGAAGAACUAUAACGAAACUGAUUACUACCGCAACGCGAUGGCUCAAUCCGCUCGCCCAGCGAAGGCUGCCGGACCCAAGAUUGCCAAGCUGCAGCAAAUGAACGAUUUCCAAUUCUACAACACGUCGCGCAUCCAAGAAAUCUAUGACAAGGAUGUCAGACGCAAGACGUACGAGUGGAACAAGGAAAACGAGAAGAAGAAAGAUGAUCAGGAAGCUCCAGUCGAGGAGAAAGAAGAGCCCAACGCUCCUCAGCCAAUCACGGACGAAGAGAAGGCCGAGAUGGACACCUUGCUGAACCAAGGUUUCACGGAGUGGAGUCGACGAGAUUUCCAGGCUUUCUGCCGCCUCAGUGAAAAGUACGGUCGCGAUUCGUUGGACUCCAUCGCGAGCGAGCUGGAAGGAAAGACGUUGAAGGAAGUCAAGGAUUACGCCGCCGUGUUCUGGCAACGUUAUAAGGAAGUCGCCGAUCACCAGCGCAUCAUCAGUAACAUCGAAAAGGGUGAGCAAAAGAUCCAGCGUCAGCACGACAUGCUCAAGGCUGUGCGCGAAAAGAUCGCCAUGUACAAGAACCCUUGGCGUGAGCUCAAGAUAACGUACGGUCCGAACAAGUUCAAGUCGUUCACUGAGGAGGAAGACAGGUUCUUGUUGUGCUCCAUCCCAGAGGUGGGUUUCGGCAACUGGGACGAACUCAAGGCACAAAUUCGCCAACAUUGGCAGUUCCGCUUUGAUUGGUUCAUCAAGAGUCGAACGCCGAAGGAGCUCGGGCGCCGCGUCGAGACGUUGAUUUCGCUCAUAGAGAAAGAGAGCACGCAAACAGACAAGAAGCGCGACGCAGACACGGAGGCCAACGACGAUGACUCGGCGAAAAAGCCGAAGACUGAAAUCGAAGCGUAG